UGAGCUUGAGAUGCAAAUGAAAGCCAACAGAGGUUCAGCUUCUAGGAAACUUUUAGAUGAGAUUAAUGAAACAUCGGAAAAACUAGACAUUGCUAAAAAGCACAAUGGGAGCCUCGUAAAGAAACAUCGUGCAAACAACAUAGGAAGUGAUUGGUAUACCGUGCUUCAUAAUUACUUUCAGAACCGACAGGCUGAGGACAUCAGAUUCUUUUAUGCUGUCGAUGUACAGAUGGGUUGCUGUAGAAGUCUUUUUUGGGCUGAUGGCAGAUCUAGGUUUUCCUGCAGUCAGUUUGGUGAUGCCAUCAUUUUUGAUACCUCCUAUAAGCAAAACAAUUGUGUGGUGCCAUUUGCUACUUUUGUUGGUGUUAAUCACCACAAGCAGCCGGUUCUUCUUGGAUGUGCUCUAGUUGAUAAUGAGUUGAAGGAGUCCUUCAUAUGGUUAUUUGAGACAUGGCUCAGGGCAAUGGCUGGGUGCCAUCCCAAGUCGAUAAUAGCUGAUCAUGAUGAUUCCAUUCUGCAAGCGAUUGCACAACUUUUUCCUUCGAGUCAUCAUCGAUUCUCAAUGUGGCAAAUUAAGACAAAAGAACGUGAGCAUUUGAGUCCAUUGAGUAGUGAUUGUAAAUAUGAAUAUGAGAAAUGUGUUCAUCAAAGUCAUACAGUUGGUGAAUUUGAUGUCGCAUGGGAUGCUCUUCUCAGCAAAUAUAGCCUGAGGGAAAAUGCUUGGCUGAAGGAAAUGUAUGAAAAGCGUGAAAACUGGGUCCCACUGUACUUACGUGGAACAUUUUUUGCUGGAAUUCCCAUUGAUGGUCUAGAUGCCUUUUUUGAUCCUUAUUUAAAUUCUCAAAUGUCACUUGAAGAAUUUGUCGUGAGAUAUGGGCAAUGUUUGGAGCAACGUCGUGGCAAUGAAAGGAAAGAAGAUUAUAAUUUAUUCAACUUGCAAGCAUAUUUGCAGACAAAUGAACCUAUGGAAGAGCAAUGUAGGAGGCUUUAUACCCUUUCUGUUUUCAAAGUUUUCCAGAGAGAACUUUUACAAAGCUACAGUUAUCUGGGUGCCAAGAUUCACGAACAAGGGGCCAUCUGCAGAUAUUUGAUCCAGGCUAGGGGUAAGGGAGGCGAUAAAUUGAGAAGAGCGAACGAAGAACUAUGCUUAAAAAUAGUACCUUCAGUUUCAAAAGGCAAAUUUCAACAAAUGUCUAGCGGGGGGAAACAAUCACAAGCUCCCUGA